AUGUUGCUUGAUACCGGUUUCUUCCAUGCCGAUCCACAUCCGGGGAAUUUGAUCCGCACACCAGAUGGGAAGCUGGCUAUACUUGAUUUUGGCCUGGUCACGAAAUUAACAGAUGAUCAGAAAUAUGGAAUGAUUGAAGCCAUAGCUCACCUUAUUCAUCGGGAUUAUGGAGCUAUAGUCAAAGAUUUUGUCAAACUUGGUUUCAUUCCAGAAGGGGUUAAUCUGGAGCCCAUCUUGCCUGUUCUGGCCAAGGUUUUUGAUCAGGCACUAGAAGGUGGGGGAGCAAAAAAUAUCAACUUCCAGGACCUCGCAUCUGAUUUGGCACAAAUAACAUUUGAUUAUCCAUUUAGGAUACCCCCUUAUUUUGCUCUAAUAAUUAGAGCAAUAGGGGUGUUGGAAGGCAUAGCUCUUGUUGGAAAUCCUGAUUUUGCAAUUGUAGAUGAAGCUUAUCCAUAUAUUGCACAGAGGCUUCUGACGGAUGAAUCCCCACGACUAAGGAAUGCAUUACGUUACACGAUAUAUGGGAAAACUGGAGUUUUUGAUGCUGAAAGAUUCAUAGAUGUCAUGCAAGCCUUUGAGAAUUUCAUAACGGCAGCUAAAAGUGGAGGUGGAGAGGAUCUAAAUGGGAAAAUGGCUGAGCUUGGCAUUCUACAAACUCGAGCAAAUUAUAUGUUUCCUGCAUUUUUAUCAGGUGCACCUCAAGUGGAGCAGCCGAUUCAAACUAGAGCUGCAUUAGCCUUUCUGCUUUCUGAAAAGGGGAACUUUUUUCGAGAGUUUCUCUUGGACGAGAUUGUUAAGGGCAUUGAUGCUGUUACAAGGGAGCAAUUAGUGCAAAUGAUGGCAGUUUUAGGGAUAGGAAAUUUCACCCCACUUUUCAGCAUGGUUCCUUCUUUGGGACCAAUUAGGCCUGCAGGAUUUCUACCCACAAUAACAGAGGAAGAUAAAGUUAUAUUGAACAAUGUUCAGAAAGUCAUUGAGUUCUUAACUGCUGGAAGUUCAACAUCAUCCAGUCAGGGUGUGAAUGUUCCUCGGGUAAUCCAAGAGCUUCUUCCUGUGAUGCCUGGCCUUUCUGCCACUGUGCUUCCUGAGAAUUCCAUACCUGUUGUACCAUGGGUACAAGAAAACUUUACACAAGAAGUGGGGCGGAUAUACGGGGGGAAGUCUUCGUCUGCUUUGUCGAGCUCUGAAACCUGA